CCAGCACACGCAUCUCUACCUACUCCAUCUCAAUUGCAUCACCAUACUAAUCAUGGGCUGUUUCAACAAAAACAAAGAGAGAAAGGAUACCGCAGAGAAUACUGUCGGACCUGAGCUCUUAAAGGUUCUUCCCCAGACAGAGCUUCCUUGGUAUCGGACAAAGCAUCUCGUUCUUCUUAACCUGAUGCUUCUUGUCCCCUUGCUCAGCUCCUCGGCUGUAGGCUACGAUGGAUCUAUGAUGAACGGUCUCCAGACACUCCCGCAAUGGCGAAACUUCUUCAACAUCCCUCCUCCCCCUCUCCUCGGCGCUAUUAACGCAGUCUACCCCGUUUGCAAGAUUCUCGGCUUGGUGCCAGCAAGUACCAUCUCAGAUAAAUUUGGACGAAAGGUGCCCAUCUACAUUGGCCUUGUGUCGCUUGUAAUCGGGCCGGCUAUUCAAGCAGCGUCGAUCAAUCUUCCCAUGUUCAUCGUGUCGAGAGGUCUCAUAGGCUUCGCUACAGUCUUUCCUCAGGUCGCAUGCCCGAUUCUCGUUUCCGAGCUGUCCUACCCUACCCACCGGGGCAAGAUGACUGCGUUGUACAAUACCUUCUUCUACUUUGGUGCUAUUGCGGCCGCGUGGAUCACCUAUGGAACUUUCAAGAUGCAGUCCACCUGGGCUUGGCGAUGUCCCUCAGCUCUGCAGGCAGCUAUUCCGUUUCUUCAGCUCAUGUUUAUCUAUUGGGUUCCCGAGUCUCCUCGAUGGCUCAUUGCGAACGGUAAAAAAGACCAAGCCAUCGCGAUCCUCACCAAGCUACAUGCAGGCGGACAAGAAAACUCUCCACUUGUAGAGUUCGAAAUCACCGAAAUCGAGAAUGCCCUGGCGCUCGAGCGAAGCCAAGAGUCAUCAGCAUCGUGGGUAACGCUCGUCAAAACGGCUCCUAUGCGCAGACGUACCCUCAUUGCAGCUAUCCUGGGCUUUUUCAGCCAGUGGAACGGUAUCGGCGUUGUCACAUAUUAUUUGUCUCUGGUUCUCAACACCAUCGGGAUCACGGCCGCCAAAGACCAGGUUCUGAUCAACGGCCUACUUCAGCUCUUCAACUUCGCCGCGGCUGUGUUUGCUGGUGCUCUGAUGGUUGACAGGUUUGGACGGCGAAGGCUCUUCCUAGUUGCUACAUCAGGGCUUUGCCUCAGCUACGUAGCUUGGACAGCACUCACGAGCUAUUUCAUCAGGAACCACGAUGAAGCAGCGGGUCGAGCUGUGGUAGCAUUCAUCUUCAUCGCUUUCUUCUUCUAUGAUGUGGCUUGGACACCACUUCCUCAAGCAUACACCAUCGAGAUCUUCCCUUUCCUGACUCGCAGCCGAGGUUUGACCACUGCACUCACGUCUUCGUACAUUGGCCUCAUUAGCGCUCAACUGAUUAACCCUGUUGGCUUGGCUGCUCUUGGUUGGAGGUAUUAUAUCGUUUUCUGCUGCAUCCUGGCUUGUCUUGUUGUGGUUAUCUAUUUCUUGUUCCCUGAGACUAAGGGCCGCAGCCUAGAACAGAUUACGGAGCUUUUUGAGGGCAGAAGUGUUAGUGUGGAUGCUGAGGAGAUUAUCAGCAAAGGAAAGGUUGGGGUUGUGUAUGAGAUUGAGACGCCAAACAAGGUCUAG